CUAGUAGUACUGGACAGAAACGAAAUUAACAAAAAUUAAUAAAUAAAAAUAUUGAUGAGAUAAAUCGUUUGAAUGGUGAAGCUCCUCCCACUUGCAGUACCACUUCUCAGUCUCGCAGCAUCACAGCCCUGCGUUGGAUGAGGCGGGGCGAGGUGCCUACCAUCGCCGCCUAGCGAUUGGUUUGUGUGCGGCGAGCGGAGGGCAGCACGUGGUGGAGUGUUUCACUAACCAUGCAAAUGAAGUUCCCACCCGGCCCCAGGCUGUGGGGUACGGAGCGUGGGAGGAUGGCGGCAGGGGGGACUAGACUUACAAUGAAAGAGCGAGAGUACUGUGGUAGGUGUUGGGAUAAGGCUAGGUGGAGUAAGUAAGUGAGUGAUCGGGGAUCAUCGUGCAACAACUUUGCUCGACUCACACAGCCGGGUUGGCUUUCCCCUACCCUGAGUCAGAGUUCUUGGAAAAAAAAAAAAACCCAACAACAUCGGAGGUGAGGUUGGCUGGGUCCGAACUGCCAGCCAGCCAGCGAGGGACGCGGCGGUGGAAUGUGCGUGCAGCGUAUGUAGUUGGUGCACGAGCGAGGAGACACACAGACCCACACAACACAACGUUAAGAAAGCGCUGUGUUAAUAAUUCCUCAGCCAUGCCGACCGUGCAACCAUUGUAAAAGUUUGCCAGACCGUGAACCCCUUCUCCCCACCCUAGGUAUCCCACCCGACACCUACCCCGAUACGGCCGGGCCAGUGACAUCGGAUCUUACCCGCCGCCAUCUCUUACCUCAUCACCAGCAACAGAAUGCAGGUUCAUUCUGUAUGUCGAGGUUGUCGUGGUGGUGGUGGUAGUAGUGGUGGAUGUACGAUGCUGUGGUGCGUGUUUCUUUGUUUGGUUAUCACCGUCGUCAGAGGCCAGCUGCCUUUGACGGAGGACGGCAUCGUCGUGUCCAACACGGGUAUCCAGGUGCCGCUGGGACGCUCCGUGUACCUGACGUCUAACGAACUGCGGAUACGGGUGGCGGAGGGGGACAGGUGCACGGUCACCGUCUUGGACAUUGAUCCCCUUGCCCAGCUGCCUGGCCGGCUCACGCCCACCAGCUUCAACUGCAACUUUGGGCCGCGGGAGGUCGUGUACUCACACUUCGGAUCCCGCAACCCGCCCACGGACAGAGUGCGGCUGCAGAUUCGUUACGACUCCUUCUCGGAGACCAUCCUCAUCCCGCUGACAGUGCACGUGGAGGUGUCCUUCGUCCAACUGGAAGUCAUCACCCGCAACGUGCCCAUCGAGGUGGAGAAGCUCAUGGGGGUGUCCACCCCAAUCAGCAAUCGCACCCUGGAGUUCGCUUAUGAUCGCGAGACUGAGACGUGCAAGCGGUGCUGGGCGUGGCCUCGGCUGCCGCGCUAUGGUGUCAUCAUGAACGACAGCAGCAUCCUGGAGAUGGUCGACUGCGACGAGUUUCUGACGAUGGGCGUCCGCUACCGCCACACCGCGGAGACCAUCCCUAACCGCGAUUACAUCCCCUUGGUGGUGGAAAUCUUCGACCAGACGGGACUCGUGGUCAAACAUGAGUACUUCCAGGUGAUGGUGCGGAUCAAGGAAGGCAAGAAAAACGAGCGGCCAACGCCGAGUUACAACUCCCGCCUGUCCAUGGAGGUCGACCAGUUUGUCAUGACGGCCGUCACACCCGAAAUAUUGGCUGCAGAAGACGUGGACCCCUCCGACUACCUCAUCUUCAACCUGACCCAACCCCUGGGACCAGGCAAAGGUUACUUUGUUUCCACGGACGACCGCAACCAGCCAAUCACCUCCUUCUACCAGCAGGACGUCCGGCAACUGAAGAUCGCCUACAAGCCUCCACCUGAAGACGCGGACACUCGCAGUCUAGUAGUCUUUGUCGCCCAGGUGGUGGACCAAGACGGUGCAGCCUCAGACCCGUUCACGAUGAUAAUUAUAGUCAAGCCCAUGAACACCAUGGCGCCGGUCGUCACCACAAACACCGGCCUCCAGCUCUUUGAGGGCCAGUCACGCAGCCUGCGCGAGGACAGGAACCUGAGGAUCUCCGAUGAAAACAACUUGGACGAUGUGAAGGUGUUCGUGGCGAACGGCUUGCGUCACGGUCGGCUGGUGAUCCCAGGUGGCAAGAAGUUCUUCACACCUGCCGAGUUGGCGGCGGGGACUGUCAUCUAUGAACACGACGACAGCGACACCUACUCCGACAACAUCGUCUUCCGCAUGACGGACGGCGAGAACGAGGUGGAAUUCCUGUACCCGAUAUGGAUCUACCCGGAGGACGACGAGCCUCCCAUCCUUAACGUCAACACGGGGCUAGAGAUAAGGAAGAACGAGGUCGUGGAGGUCACGCCUUUUGUUCUCAGCGCCACCGACAUCGACAGCGACGACGCCAGCAUCCGCUUCGUCCUCAAACCUCCGUUUUCUGUGGAGGGUCAGAUUCUUCUUCGACAGUUUCAGAUUCCAGAUGACCCCGAGUCCUGGACGUCAGCCAAUGGCGUCUUCGAAAAGGUCACGACAGAGUUCACGCAGAACGACAUCAUGGACGGGAAAGUUUUCUACCGUCACAUCGGCCCUCAUCGCCAAGACUUCGUCAUUGACCGCAUCUAUUUCCAGCUGCUGGACAACGCGCAGCCUCCCAACGAAUCGGACAUGAAGGAGAUGAUUAUCAAGGUGGCGCCAGUGGACGAUCAGCUGCCGUACCUGUAUCCAGGCACGACCCUCCAGAUGGACGUGGACGAAUUUCAGCUGACCGAAUUCAAGCGCAAGGUCCUGCGGUACACUGAUGACGACACAGAUGACCGUGACCUCAGGUACUUCGUGACCGUGCCUCCCUUCGACACGGACGCCAACACACCCAUGGCGGCAGGUACCCUCGUGCUGUGUGAGGACGACAGUCAGCCCAUCACCUUCUUCACUCAGGCACAGGUGAACCAUCGCAAGUUGUGCUUCAAGCCCCCAUCAUCGGAGCUGGGCCUCGUCCCUCGCAUCCUACAGUUCUUCUUCGACGUUCAGGACACGUCAGGCAACUUACUGACCAAUCAGCGCUUCACCAUCCUUCUCAAGCCCGUGGACAACAAACCUCCUGUCAUCACCAACGGCGGCAUCAACAUCCUGGAGGACGGCAUCACGAUCAUUUCCACGGAUAACUUGGAUGUUGUUGAUCCAGACACGGAUAGCAAAGAUCUUGUGUUUGAGGUAAAAGAGACCCCGCUGCACGGGAUACUAAAACUUGACGAGGACCCCAUGGAGGCGGGUGUAGGUUUCACCAUCGACGACUUGGCAAAGGGCCGCAUUUCUUACACCAACCUCGGCGAUGACAGCACCAAGGAUACUUUCGUCAUCGACGUCACGGACGGCGUGCACCACGUGCCCAUCAAGAUGAACGUCAACGUCAAAUCAGUGGACGACGAGGUGCCGCAGCUGGUUGGGGUGACAGGUGGCGUCUUGGUCAUCUCUAUCGACGUGGAAGAGAACUCUGAAGCCACUCUCUCCCCAGAUGCUCUGAAGGCCACCGACCCGGAUACUGACGACAUGCUGCUGACCUUCACCUUGGACAAAGCACCAAUCGAAGGCCUGGUCCUGCGCAACGGUCAGCAGACGACGCUGUUCACGCAGGCCGAGCUGCAGGCAGGGUUGGUACAGUACCGCCACACUGGGGGCGAGGUUGGCAACAUCGGCCGCAACGACUCCUUCUCGCUGAUGCUGACAGACGGCACGGAACAGUUCCUCCUCAGCGGUAACCGCAUCGAUAAAAUCUUCGUUGACGUGACCAUCCUUCCGGUCGACAGCGAACCUCCCAUCGUGGUCAUGGGAGCCCCCUUCGAAGUCCUGGAGAGCGACAAGGCGCCCAUCCUUCCGCGCCACCUGGACGCCACGGACAUCGACACGGAAGACGUGGACAUCAUGUGCAUGAUCCUGGUGCAGCCCAAAAAUGGCUACCUGGAGAACAUCUCGCCGGCACCUGGCUCCGAGAAGCCGCGGGUGGGCAUCCCGGUCUCUUCAUUCACGAUCCGCGACAUCAGGCUGGGCUUCAUCAACUACAUGCAGAGCGUCCACAAGGGCGUUGAACCCCGCCAGGACCAGUUCUCUUUCCAAUGUUCUGACGGCCGCAACUUCGCGCCCAAACAUAUUCCUAUAGAGAUAUAUCCAGCCAACGACGAGGAGCCAGAAAUAUCUCUCCGGGAAUUCAUGGUGGUGGAAGGUGGCAACCUGAUGAUCGACCUGCCCAUCCUCAACGUCGUCGACGGCGACGACCCGGCUGACGUGCUGACAUUCGUGCUGACGGAGCAGCCCAAGCACGGCAAGAUCGUACGGCAGACGCAGGAGGGCAGCUUCCCCAUCACCAACUUCACCCUCGACGACAUCACGGGCGCCUCCACCAUCGAGUACGAGCACGACGACACGGAGACGAACUCUGACCUCUUCCGCUUCUUCUUGCUGGACGGCAAGCACAAUGUCUCGCAGACCGUGCCCAUCAAGAUCUUCCCCGUGGACGACGAGACCCCGCUGACCAUCAACAACGGCCUGGAGCUGGAGAAGGCGGGAGAGUCAAAGGCCAUAACCAACGACGUCCUCAAGGCGGAGGAUCUGGACUCCAGCGACCCGGAACUGACUUUCAUCGUGCGGCAGAAGCCUAAGUAUGGCUACCUGCGGCGCUUGGAGGACCAGGUGUUCAUCAACAUCACGCAAGGCGCCAACUUCACGCAGCGUGACAUCGAUCUUCAACGGGUGCAGUACGUCCACACUGGGCUGGAGGGCGUGCGGGACCUGAUCAAGCUGGACGUCACGGACGGUUUGAACCCUCUCAUCGACCGUUACUUCUACGUCACGGUGGAGGGUCUGGACAUAGUCUUCCCGCGGGUCGUCAACAGGGGCGUGGAGCUGCCAGAAGGGGGUACGGCUAUCUUGUCCACGGCUCUCAGCGGAACUGACUUAAACACACCAGACGAGAACUUGCAGUUCAUCGUCACCAGGCGCCAGCACGCGGGUGAGUACUUGGAGAACUCCGACAUGAUCGGCGUGCCCAUCACCACCUUCACGCAGCUGGAACUGGCCGGCAACAAAAUCCGCUACAUCCACAACUCGGACGACGAGAUGAAGAUGGACUCCUUCGAGUUUGAGGUGACAGACGGGUUUAACCCCGUGGCUCGCACCUUCAGGAUCUCACUUAGCGAUGUGGACAACCGGAAACCGGUGCUGAUGUUCCAGACUUUGAGGCUCAAGGAGGGCGACCAGAAGCUCAUUACGCCCUUUGAACUUAGUGCGGAGGAUCGGGACACUCCUGACGAGAGCAUUGUGUUUACAGUGACUCAGGUGCCAGUCCACGGUCUGCUGCUGUACAACUCCACCCGAGUGGUGACGGGGUUCACGAUGGAGGACCUGAAGGAAAACCUCAUCAGCUACCAGCACGACCAGUCGGAGACCUUAGAGGACAGCUUCUCCUUCACAGUCACUGACGGCACACACACAGAUUUCUACGUGUACCCGGAAACGGCCUCCACCACCCGAAGGUCCCAGACAAUGAACAUUGAAGUCAUACCCGUGGACAACGGCAUACCACAAGUGAGCAUUAAUCGUGGUGCAUCUUCCUUUCGGAGCUUGGGCGGAGGGCUGGGAUUCCGUAUUUCAUCUCGCGUUCUGAGCGUGGAGGAUCGAGACUCCCCUGACGACGGAUUGGUGUACAUCUUGACCGCCCCUCCUAAAUAUGGCUACCUCAUCAACCGCGCCAUAGGCAAUCGCAGCAUCAGCAACUGGACUCAAGGUGACAUCAACAGAGAUCAGAUAGAGUACGUGCUCAAGUUCGGUGUUAAUGCCACAAGCGACAGCUUCGAGUUCAAGAUCGCCGACAAAGGCGGCAAUGUUCUCGCCAAUCAGCCGUUUCAUCUGAACUGGGCCUGGAUCUCUCUGGAGUCGGACGUCUUCUUUGUGAACGAGACCAGUGAACAGCUGGAGGUGACUCUUCGUCGUCGCGGCUACCUGGGAGAGACAUCGUUUGUCACAAUCACCGUCUUAAAUGGAUCUGCAAGAGUUGGAGAAGACGUGAGUGACCGGUAUGCUGUCCAGGUGCAGUUUAAUCCAGGUGAAACGGAGAAAACUUGGCGAAUACGCCUCAUCAACGACGACCGCUACGAGGAGGCUGAGGUGCUGAGGCUGCGGCUGAGUGAGCCCGUGAUGGCGGUCCUGGAGUACCCGGAUGAGGCCCAAGUCACCAUCCUGGACGCCGAAGACGAGUCUGCUGUGUUUUUCCCUGACAAAGAAUACCGGGUGGCCGAGGAUAUUGGUGAGAUACUUAUUCCUGUCCAUCGUACUGGUGACCUGUCUGACGAAACGAUGGUCAUCUGCUCCACAGUUCAAGGGACGGCGCAGGGAACGGUGCCGAGCACCGUGACUUCCUACAGUGAUUACAUCACGCGCGCGGAGGAUCAUCGCAGCAGUGUCAGGUUCGACAAGGGGGAGAAGGAGAAGUACUGCCGGGUUAUGAUAAUCGAUGACUCGCUGUUUGAGGACGAGGAAUCCUUUAAGGUCAUCCUGACCUCGCCCAUGGGAGGUCGUAUAGGUCAGCUGGACGCCACGACCGUGGUCAUCGAACAAGACAAAAAUGAUGAACCCACAGUAUACUUAGGUAGUGAAGAGUACUCAGUGGACGAGAGUGAUGGGUUCGUGGAGGUCGCCGUGUGGAGGACAGGUACCGACCUCAGCAGACCGUCCAGCGUCACUGUCCGAUCACGCAAGACCAAGCCCAGGACAGCAGAGGCUGGCAUCGACUACAUUGCUGUCAACAAGAUCCUGACAUUUGCCCCCGGCGUGACCAUGCAGCGAGUCCGGGUCACAAUUCUGGAUGACCUCGGCCGUCCCCGGGUCGAGGGUCCGGAGACAUUCCAGGUCAUCCUUCGGAUGCCGUCCAACGCCACCCUGGGUGAACCGUCAGUCGCUACCAUCACCAUCAACGACACCAUCUCUGACGUUCCAGCCAUGCAGUUCAAGGAAGAAGAAUACAAGGUGUCGGAGGAGGACGGGGUGGUGAGAACUUUUGUGGUUCGCACGGGCGACACGAGCGAGCAGUCGGAGGUGCGCUGCUUCACCCGUCAAGCCACGGCCAAGGUGGGCCAGGACUUUGAGGAGCGGCCAGACACCAACGACUCGCUCAUCAUCUUCAACCCAGGGGACUACGAGAAGGUCUGUGAAGUGGCCAUCGUCAAUGACUCGCGGUACGAGGGCGAAGAGAUGUUCCGCUUGGUACUCGGGUCGCCGACCAGCGCCACGCUCGGUCGCGCCGCUCUCGGCAAGAGGAACAUCACGCAGGUCAUCAUUAAGGACGACGGCGACAAGCCGGUCAUACGCCUGGCUGAGGACAGGUUCACCAUUCGUGAGCCGGUGUUCAAGGACGAGACGUCGGUGCUGCACGUGCCAGUGUUGCGCGAGGGUGACCUGACGGAGACAGUCGUCGUCACUGUUAACACCAAGGACGCCAGCGCCGACGCCGGCAAGGACUACGUUGGCUUCUUCAAGGAACUGGUCUUCGGUGCCAACGUUUCUCGCCUGGACGUGGACGUGGAAAUUCUCUACGACGACAUCAAGGAGAUGAGAGAGGUCUUUACGGUGCACCUCAAGCUCCCCUUUGGAUCUGCGGAGGUCAAGACUCCCAAGGCCAUCGUUUUCAUCGACGAGAGGUCAGAGGUCGCUGAUGUCACCUUCCCUUCUAAGCCGGUCGUUGUGUCCCUACGUGACUACGACGACAUAGGGGCUAAGCCGAACCCCGUGCAAGGCUAUCCCCUCAUCUGUGUCACGCCUUGUAACCCUAAGCACCCGCAGUUCAAGUUCACGGACACGCUGUGCAAGACUCAGGGCAUCAACGACACGUUGACCCGCUUCCGCUGGCGAGUGGCCGCUCCAACUGGCGACGACGGGGUCACGUCAAAUCUACGUGAUGUCGAAUCGAGCGCUUUCUUCGCCUCCACCAAGGAGAUCACGCUUGACAGUAUUUACUUCGGUGGAGGGAGCCGUGUUCAGUGUGUUGCCCGUGCUGUGAACACGGACAGGGACCCUGGACUGGAGAUCUUCAGUGAGCCGGUGACGAUCAGUCGUACAGACGGACUGUGUGAACCUCGCAUCAUGGACUCGGUCGGAGCCGAGCCGUUCGCUGCCAGACUCCGGUACACAGGUUCUGAUGACCCGACACACCCUAACAUGGUUCGAAUCUCUGUGCGCGUGCCGCACCGUGACGGCAUGCUUCCGGUCGUCUCCACGCGCCAGUUAUCCAACUUCGAGCUGACGCUUAGCAAGGAUGGCACCCGCCUGGCCACGCACCGCUGCUCCAACAUUCUCGACUUUGAUGAGAUGAACAGAGAGUCCGGAUUCCUGACCAACCAGACCAAAAACCCCAACAUCAUCGGCGAGGUGGAACCGUAUCAGUUCAACUCCAAUCUCCGUUCCAACUCCACCCUUCGUUUCUACCGCAAUCUGGACCUCGAGUCGUGUCUCUGGGAGUUUGUUGGCUACUACAACCUGUCGGAACUGAUUACAGAGUGUGGGGGUACCAUCAGCACAGACGGACAGGUGCUGAACCUGAAGCAGUCCUACGUGGCCAUGCGCGUGCCCCUCUACGUCUCCUACGUCUUCCACUCACCGGUAGCUCGCGGAGGCUGGCUGCACUACGACAUGCUGUCGCAGCUGCCGCUCAUCUUCGUGUACGACACGGCCAUUCUCUGGCAGAACGGCAUCAGCAGUCCGGAGUCUGAGCAUGGAUUGCAAGGGUACUUGUAUCCGACCAGCAUGCGAAUGGAAGAUGACGGUAAGCUGUCGGUAUCCUUCAGAACUGAAGCCAGAUUCCGAGGACAGUUCGUGGACAAGCACCCAGGAUCAGAAAUUGAAUCCAUGGUAAUGUCGAUGGAUCAUCCGGAGCUGACCUUUACCCUGAAGCUUGUGCGAAGUGAUCCUACCUACGAGCAGCCCAACCAGGAGUGGACAUUUGUGUCAGACUACUCGGUGCGGGAUUAUUCGGGUCUGUUUAAAGUCAAGCUGGUCCCGUGUACAACACCCCAGACCAAGGAGUACACGUUGCCUGUCGUCUGCUCGCCCCGGGAUCCCAUCACCUUCAACCUUCCGGUGCGCUUCCAGCAGGUGAGCGACGCGGUGCCGGCGGAGUUCUCCCUCAACACGAACUUCCACCUGCUGCGCAAACGAGAACUGUGGUUGUCAGACGGCUCCAUGGGCUUUGGUGAUGAGUCUGAUGCAGCUUUCGCAGAAGAGGACAAGCUGUAUGGACGUAUCAAUGUCGACCCUGUUCAGAACCUGGGAAGCUCCUUUUUGCUUAAUGUUGAGAAGGUGUUCUUAUGCUCCGGGAAGGACGGCUACAUCCCAAAGUACAACCCAGACAGCUUGGAAUUUGGUUGUGUUGCAGAGACACCGAACCUGCAGUAUUCUUUUAAAAUUCUGGACAAGGGAGCUCCUUUUACUGAGGUCAAGGCCUUCCAAGACAUUCCUUUCAAUGCUCUCCUGGCUAGCGACGAUUCCAGUGCACUCGAGCUGGUGAAACAAUCUGGAGCAGACGGCUUUUCUAUGGACUGCAAGCCUCUUUUCCAGGUGGACUCUGGGCGCCAAUGGUUCCUACACGCCAUCUACACGGUGCGGUCGGGAGCAAACGCCGGACGGGGCAUCGGCAAACGCAGCGCGCAUGCGCUGUUCGAUGCGCGCCACCUGGCGACCGGCCUCUCCCGCGUCAAGCGCGAGCAGGACGACCUGGACGGCGUCGGGCAGGGCGGCAAGGGCACCAACAUGGCGCGCGUGCAGCUGCGCUUUGCCCUUCUCGACGACGGGGACGUCAGCGUGGGCACCAACACGGAAUCGGACCUGCCGCUCAUCCCCAUCAUCAUCUCGCUCGUCGUCUUCGCCAUCCUCUGCCUUCUGCUCGCCAUCCUCAUCGUACGGCGUCGGCGCAAUAAAGGCGCCAAACCCCCUCCCUACGCUGCCAAGCCUCCUCCUCCGCCUCAGUUCGCCGCCAAGCCGGUCACCGUAUCGGCCAACGGACACACCCGAGUUCUGCUGCCUCAGGCCUACAACAAGGACAAUACGGAAGUGUAGUUCUUCGCAACCAGAUGGACUCCCCUUUGUUGCUCCGCCUUAUGAAAUGAGAAAGAAUCGAAUACCAAGACUGUUCGUGAUUUGGUCAUGUGAUCAGCGGUGUCACCCCGCCCAACUCUCUUCAAAAAACCAAAGAGGCUGCUGCUGUUGCUGCAAGAGCAUCUACUUGUCUUUCGCACCACCGUGUUUCUGGUGAUUGCUGCCUAAAGGACCUGUGUUUUGUUAGCUGGGAGUUGAAAUUAAGUCUGUGGUAACACUGUGCAAUCACGCACGCACGCACGUGCAUACACACACACACACACACACACCACACACAGAGCAAUAAAAAUCUCAUAAAAAUUAUGGUCAGACCUAUGUUGAGCUCUGAUCUGCCUGUUAGCGUAGAGACUGAUAUUAUUCAGCGAACGGUUUGUUUGUAUAAACAUUGAUGUGGUGGUGUCUUGCUUGUGGACUGUUAGCCUUUAAUUCUCACAAGUUGUUGUCGGAGGUUAAAGGAGAAAGAGGGUGAUUAUUUACCCAGCCUUUUGUAGUAUUUAUACUGAAUAUUUAAAAAAAAAAAAAAAGUUAACAUUUAUUCCAUUUUUUCUGAAUUUUUUUUUUUUUUUACCUGUUCUUGUGGUAAUAUCGCAAACUUCAUAUCAGUGUGUGUGCGCGUCCCCUUAUUUAUACAGGCAAGAUUUCAUUUCACGACACAAUAUAUCAGGUUUUCAGUUCCAUGAGCUUCAACAGGCGGAUGUGUAGUCUUUCUUCUAGAACAUGGAGUGUUAGUGACAGGUAGCACUGGUGUAAUUCGGUAACUGAGACGUGAGCGAGUCUGCCGAUUUUAACAGGUUCCGGUUAUUCCAUGGACCAGCAGACGUAGGUAACACAGAGGAUAGUGUUUGGCUGUCUUCAACUAGCGAAGAAAUGUGAGACAGUAUGGGUCUAUGGAAGCUUUUUGAACCACAGAGCCUAUAAAACACCCAUUCACCUGGCUCAAAGAUACAGUUGACCCACAAUUCCUCUUACCCUACAAAAAAAGUAUUUUUAAAAAGUAAUAAUCAAGCUGUUCAUUUCACUUAUGAAAGGUAGUGUUUCUAAUCCCAUAUCCGGGUUUGUAUGUAUGCAUGAAGGAAAGUUAGAAAUGCAGUUUAUUAAUGAAUUUUAUCCUGUGUUGUGUAUUGCAUUGCUUUUUUGUGUAAGUUGUUCUUUUUGAAAAUCCUUAGCGCUGUGAUCUCUCAAUGCUUUCUAAACCAGUAGCUAUCGUAAGCAGUAGUCGAAGUUCAACAAAAGACUUUCAGUUUCGAAGAGAUGUAACAGCUUUGUUUUGCUGAAGUUCCCAGACCUUAACUUUUAUCAUAGCAUUCUAUUCUGAAACCAUGUAGAAGGUCUUCAUGCCUUUCCUUCCAGUAUUUACGAUGUGGAAAACUUUAGAUCCUCCUGUUUUGUUGGCUUUGGAGUUCAGUGGUUGCAUUCUUUUCUAUUUUGUUCAUUUUUUUAGAAAUGACUAAGGUAGGCAAUUGAGAUCAUUCAUUUAAAUAUUUUCUUUAAUUAUUAUAAAUUUAUCACCUCAGCAUUCUGUACAAUCUUUCGCCUUCCCUUCUUUGAAGCUCGAGGGAGGCAUCAAGUGACAGGGUUAGUUGAAGGUGAAUAACACCUCCCUCCGCAGUAUUGGUUGUAGAUAUUCCUCCAUCACAAACUUGAAGCAGUUUAAGGAGUUCGGCUCUAGGACAGCAUCUGGUACGGAAGGCUUUUUUUUCUUUCUUUCUUUUUCUGGCUGGCUCAAAUCCAGUUCUUCCCGAACAAAAACUACAGAAGGUGAAGAGAACAAACUCUGUAAGAAAAAGGGUCGGAGGUGUCACUGCCGAUUUACUGUGCGAACAAGCACAAUAAAAUAACUCAAUAAAUAUAAAGCAAUAAAGCUUUCUUUUAGUGAAGAAACUAGUUUUAAACUAAAUGAAAUGCAUCUGUGACAUGUAGAGAAAUUAACGCCUGCUUUAGUCUGUUCAUUCCAUUUUUUUCCUGUGCACAGCUGUGAUCUCUCCUUCCUCUUUAUUUUUAUUUAUCUAGUUUUCGUCGCCCCUAUCAGCAUGUCGAUGCGGCUUUUGUUUUUACAGCUGUAUGUUUUGUUAAUUUUACUAACGGGAUGCUUUGAUGUAUGUACAAAAAGACUCAGAUAUCAGAAGACUGUAAAGUGUAUAGUUUGUACAUAUAAUAUGUGUGACUGUAUAUCACUGUUGUACAAGAUUGAGGGUUUUGUGUUUUGAUUAUUUAGGUGUACAUUGUUCAAAAACAUGAAAUUUGCGCAGUUAUAUCCACAGACAAACUUUCGUUUAACUACGCGCACACACACACACAAUUCCUCAUGCAGGUGUACACGAAUACAGGAGCACAAACUCGUGUCGGUGGGUUUGUAAUUACCUCCCUUUUUUUAUUUUGUGAUCUCUUUACCGGUUGCAGACACCCGUCACAUUUCGUUGAAAUAACUUGUGAGUUUAAAACAUUCUAAUAUGCAGUACAGGUCACUAACAAGUGCUCCCUGCUCAGACUGCGUCCUUUUCGUUCAUAUGGUCGUCUUCCUGUACAGAACAGAGUUAUCAGCCCUGCAGUCUUCACAAGCCCAUGCAUGCACACCUCGCCUCACACAAAGUUCAUCACCUUCAGCCUUGUCUCGAAACAUUAACAUUUGUUCUCUCAAAACAUUGUGAAGUUAACGCAGGACGUUCAAAUUAAUAUUUUCAUUACGUGCCUUGAAGAUUACAAUUUCUUUUUUUUUUUUUUUACUUAUUUUUCUUACUUUUCAUUGGAUAUUUUUAUGGACAGCUUACGACACAUGAAAAGCUGUUUUGACUUGUUCUAUGAUUGAUACAAGCGUUUUAAAAGCGUAAACAUGAUUACACAAGGUAUUCUCACCUGCAAGGCGUGAACACACAACAGUCCCCCAAUAUAAACGUGGGAUGGCUGGGGGACAGGCCCCGCCGAUUGUUGGUGUACUGCACCUUUUACAGGUGUGGGACUGGUGAUCGUGCUAUAGUCUUACUGUACAGUCACCUAACUUUUGUAGCUGCAUCCUGCGAAUUUUGUUAAACGGCCUUUAACUGUUACAUUGGUUUACUAAAACCUGUGCUCGUUAUUAUUAUUAUUAUAAACAACUACUACUGCAGGGUUGAAACAAAUGCAAGAUUCUAAAUUCAUAUUUCAAAAAAAAUGUACUCGAAUAAACAAGUUUUGUAUACCAGAUAUAUUAUUACUGUUUUCAAGCUUUUUUUUUUUUUUUUUGAAGUUGACUUAGACACAAUUAUAAUGCUCUCGCUAAUAUUUUAACCUUUUCUUCGAAAGCUGAAAACUAACAAAAAAAAAAUGUUCCCUGCAAAGUGUCGAAAAACAAAAAUGUUAACCUCAAAGGUGACAAAAUCUUAUUCUACCACAUUGGUAUAUGUCCCUCACUCCUUUUUUGUGCUUGCUUGAAACUGUGUGUGCGCAGCAAUCCGCCUGUACGUCUGCCUUUGAGGGAACAUUGAUUCCAUUUUGCCUUAGGACAUUAGUGUUUAUUGUUAAAAUAAAAUUGGUCAAAAAGAUGUUAGCAAACUGUUCUCAGCUAUGCACAAAUAUGCAGUCGAUCUUUUACUACGCAAUCGUAGAUGUAUAAAGAGAAAGAGUGAUAGGUGGACACAUGCACACAGACGUACGCACAGACAAAGAUCAACGCUUUAUUUACAUACUAAGCACAGGAUGUGUUUUUACCUUUAUACGUAAGUUUGUUGGUUAAAGAGUUGAUACGUGGUACGUGUGUGUGUGUUUUGGGGAUGGAUAGGUGUUGUGGAUAGGUUAUUGGGCUCAAUAUUUUCGAAAGGUAACUACGACAAAUGUACCUUGUAGAGGCUUGUAAAGUAUUAUCCAACGUUGAUUUUAUUUUAGAAUGUAAUAUUAAGGAGUAAUAAUGAAACUGCAUGUAUUAUUUCUAUCUCAUUUUACGAAAAUAUUUAGAACUUCACAUUCUUCUAGUUUUGCAUAACUUAUAAAUAGAACUAUGCCAGUUAUUUUGUAUUCUGUGGUCUUUCUUUAGAAGCCAGUCAUAAGCAGUGAUCUCGAUCGCCAAUUGAACAUGGCUCCUUUUUUAUUGUUGCACCUGCUGCAGUAUGCGCGGGAGGAUUUCCUUAAUGGCACAUUAGUAAACGACAAUAUGUCCAAAGUCGAGGUCCGCCAGACAAAUGAAAUUUAGUGUUUCUUCUUUCAAAGCGUCUUUCCCUUGCUCAGCGUUGUCGCGUUUUUAUUUUGCGUUCCUUGACUUGCUAACACGAACUAUAUUUUUGGUACUAAUAUCUGUGAGUGCUUACUAAGUGGUUGUCUGAGUAAAUAUAUGUGAAUAAAACAAGAAUAAAUGAUGGUGCCUAUACUCAAAA